UUGAGUUUAGAUUUAGAAGAGUGUGUAAAGUUCUAGAUGAUUGUUGAGAACAGUACGGUUCGUUUGUACGAGGAAAUACACGGUCGAGAUUGUUUUACGUGAAAACUUGUAGCAAAAGAAAAUUAAAAUUUUGAAUUAUCAGUACAGUUGCAAAUUUUCCAAAUCAAUUAGUAAUUAAGAUUUAUUGUCAGUAAUGCAGUGAGUGGACUAGGUGUUUAAGUUUGACAUUUCAUUGUCUAAAAAUAAUAUCAGCUACAGUUUUAAUUAUUAUACCUAUUGUGAUUUAAAUAAAUUUGAAGUGCCUUGUACCGUACUUUUGGUGUUUUCAUAAUUCUACAGAAAUAAGUGCUUUCAAGAAAGUUGCCCAUAGAAUGUUGAUAUAACCCUAGAAAACGAACAGAAAAGGUUUCAUCCACCAUGGGGAAAUUUUCAGGAAAAAAAUGCCGUCUGUUAACGAUGUUGUGGCUUACCACAAGUUUCUUCUUUGCGGAAAUUGUGGUAGGCUACAUAACAAAUUCUAUGGCCCUGGUAGCGGACAGUUUUCAUAUGUUGAGCGAUGUAGCUGCCUUAGUUAUAGCUUUCUUAUCAGUUAAGAUGUCACCAAAGAAGUGGUCCAAAAAUACGUUUGGUUGGGCUAGAGCGGAAGUGUUGGGAGCGUUAGUCAAUGCAGUGUUCCUUGUAGCUAUAUGUUUUUCGAUCACGGUAGAGGCAUGCAAAAGAUUUUUGGAAACUGAAGAAAUUCACAGACCUCAACUGUUGCUCAUAGUUGGAGGAGCAGGUCUUCUAGUCAACCUUAUAGGCUUGCUACUCUUCCACGAGCAUGGUAGCUCCCACGGGCAUUCUCAUGGCCGCCUUUCGCACAGUCGCAACCGACUUACCCAGUUGGCCGUUACCGACGACAAUGAAAACGAUGAGACUUACCCUAGCCCACCUCCUCAGGCAGAACAGAAGUCGUUGACUCAUUCCCAUUCAUCUGGACAGAUGAAUAUGAGAGGAGUGUUCCUCCAUGUUCUGUCUGACGCAUUGGGAUCCGUAAUAGUAGUUAUUUCUGCAUUGGUGUUUUGGUUGACCGACUGGGAAUACAAGUUCUAUAUCGACCCAGCUCUAAGUAUAAUUCUGGUCUUGCUGAUCUUACACUCGGUGUGGCCGUUGCUCAGGGAUUCUGCCCUUAUUCUUCUGCAGACCGUACCGACUCAUAUACAAGUAGACGCUAUUCAGAACAAGCUAUUAGCCAAAGUAGAUGGAGUGUUAGCAGUUCAUGAGUUUCACGUCUGGCAGUUGGCCGGCGAUAGGAUCAUCGCUUCUGCUCAUAUUAAAUGUAGAAACCUCUCAGAAUACAUGAAAAUCGCUGAAAAAGUAAAGGAGUUCUUCCACAACGAAGGGAUUCAUUCGACGACCAUCCAACCGGAAUUCAUAGACUACGUCGACAUACCGACGACAUCACAGGACGUGGACCAGACGACGGAGGAUUGCUUUUUAGAUUGCCCGAAGACGAGUAGUGACAGCGACAACUGUUUGAAGAACACGUGUUGCGGGCCAUCUAAGCAGGGUCGCGAAUCUCCGAAUACAACUCCGUACAUCUGUCGACAGAGGACCUCAUUAGCGGGCAUGCCGUCAAACCAGGAAGAGAUGAACGAGAUGGAGAGGGGCGUCCUCCUCAAAAAUGGAAGUUGUUCUCUACAAAAUGACUGUGAUUGUAACAGCCUCCGUGGUUCUCAUAACUCACUCAGGGGUUGACAUCCAAUUUUCUUGUUAUCAAAUGGAAAAAAAGUUUUUGGCUGUUGAAUAUAGGGGAUGCUGCGAUUGCAUUUCUAAUAUUCUUUUCGGAACCUCUGAAUUGCAGUCAACUAUCACUUCGGUGUAAAUAAUGCCCUAUUUAUUUUGCUGUACCUUUUAUUUAUAGUGUAUCUGUAUAAUUCAUUAUUCUAGUCUGCAGUUAAAAAUAUCGUAGUGAGGAUUUUAUUAAAGAUCUCAUUCGUAAUAUUUGCUAAGGUAAAUUCUUGUUGAAUGUUAUAUGCAGAUAAAUUAUGAGAACUGUUGAAUGUUUUUUCUAAAAUAAUUUUA